CUCAUCGAUCAACUCAGACCCAAAACCAGCCAUGAAAAGUGUCACCCAAAUGUCGACAUCCUCAGUGAAAUCGACUGCCACGCCGGCGACGGAAGAAGAGCACAGCUGCUACUACCCAGGUUGCCGCAAAGACGCUAAUUGCAACUGCAAAAUCUGCUUGGCGAGCAUCAACGCUACCCUUGACCUCAUGCCCAAAAGCUCCCUUACCAAGCUCUCCACGGCUUCACGGCGCCCGAGCCCCCGGGUCGAAGUCACUCCGAUUUCUUUCGACUCUCUCUCAACGCCCCCGUCGAGGCCCCUGAAGAAUGUCUCCAUGUCCCCGGAUCUUCGAUCCUCCGCAAGGAUGAAUUCAAAGGAGUAUCCGGAGAAGAAGAAGAAAACGACGGAGAGACAACGAGGUUUCGGGAGUGGCUUUUCGAGGUUAAUUUUGGUACUGGGCUUGAUUUUCAUGGCGGAAUAUGGGUUUUCUUGUGCGAUUUUUGGGGUUCUAAAGCCUGGCAUUUCGCCUGAUUCUGUGAGAAAAAUUGGAGAAAAGUCCUCGGCUGUGAAGGACUUGAAUGGGAAAUUGAGGUUCUUGGAGAAAUCUUUGCGGGGUCUUGUUGAUGGGAAAAUUUCAAAUUGCAGCUAUGCUAAUUCCAGAUGGGAAAUUAAUCAGGAUGUUUUGCUUCUCAGUUCACAUUGCAGAUUGUACAAAUCAUCAAUGGAGGAAAUAAGAAUUUGGGGGUGGCCUUUGCAGACAGCGGGAUUGCUCGCAACCGGGUUUUCUCCGCGGUCGUUCACCGUUAUAUCUGGCAGAGUCACAGAGUGGUCGGAUGGCAAGAUUAGCCAUGUAAUUCGGAAGGCGAACUCGUCGUGGACACACCGAAAAUGGGGCUCUUCUGCUGUGCAAUUUGAUGCAAACACAUGGAUUCUUGAGUAUCAGAGGAGCUCAAUACUUGAAAACCCAAGAUUGGUUUCUGCAACAUUGGCCUUCUUGAGGUAUAGGGUGUCAAGAAUUGUUGGCCAAAUUAAGGAAGAUCUUUGGCUCUUCUCUGCUUUUGAGAGUGUCCAUAAUUAUCAUAGUUUUGCUUUAAAAGAUAGUGUCCAAGUCCCAACCUAA